AACUGAAGUAGAGCAUUUUAAGUUUCAGGCUUAGUGAUUUAAAACCAAGUGCUUUCAAUGAAAAGCAUGACAGUAGGCAGGAGGAAUGUGUGGCCAUUGUGCGAAGUUACAAAACCUUUACAUAGUACUCACACAUAGCAUUUAAUCGUCCGUUUGCAGCUUCCGGUGUGUUAUGCAGUCUGGACUGUUUUCUCGACUAGCUUCCAAGUUUUCUGCUUUUUGUGCACUGAAACCCUUCACUCUGUUAGAUGAUUGCUGCAAAUUCGACUCCACGUCCUGAUGCACACUAAUAAACACCUUUGUGAAUACCGUCCAUUACAUCAAUACCUAAGCCGUUGCUUCGAAAAAGAUAAUAUGGAGGGUCCUGUUGUCAAUGAAUCUGAAAAAAGAAUAUUAUUGAGUUUAUAAGAUAUAAUCUUAAAGCUUUUUGAAUGGCAUAUCAUAAAUUGUGUACGAAACGUCAUCCAUUAAACAAUACCGUACCAAUAUCUGCCAUAGUCAUUUUUAAAGACGGUGCACUAGUAUAACGCUUAUGUAAUCGAAACUAGUUUCUUUUAGGACACCAAUCCAUUCGCCUGUAUGUUUAUAUCCAUACAGUAUACCAUAGAGUUUCAUUCCUACCACACGGACAUAAAGUCUUCUGUUUCAGAUUGCCCAUUCUCAAAGGAACCAUCUUGCUAUGUCUUUGUCCAGUGGAAGUUUAUUACGCUCAGCUCAACUAGUAUUUUUUAGACAACCUUUCAGAUGCGCAGGGGUUAAAAAAAAGAAAAACUACGCCGAGACCCCUUCUAGGUACCGACCUUCUGUACUUGUGAAGACUCUUCGUGGUUUUCAGUUUAAUGAUGGAGAUUAUGUCUAUAAAGGUGAUAUCUUAGUUCGGCAGCUUGGUAUGGAAAUAUACCCGGGUGAAUCUGUCAAAUUAGACCCAGAAACAUGGAACUUAGUAGCACUAAGUAAUGGACGUUUUACCAUUAGUACAGAGAAGCUUUCACCGUUUCCUGACAGCCCUUUAUAUGAUAAAGUGAAGGAUGGCGAAGUAAUUUAUAAACCAUUUGUUCAUGUAAUUGGUGAUCCAAUCGAACCACUAUAUAAACUCAAGCGCAUUUUGUAACUAGUGUUAAUUAUAGUUAUCAUACUCAACAA